UUCCGAAUGCACCCUUAUUGUAGUGUAUGUGGUAAUUACAUGCGUAGAAACUGCGGAAAUUACGACACGCUGGCAACACUGCCUAGCAAUCUGAGCUCGGCUAACCUCAAACUCUUUAAAAAUAACCACUAAAGUUUUUUACAAAAUAAACGUAUAUCAGAAUGAAAUAUAAUUGUAGUAUUCAUCGAUAGGUAUAAAAAAUGGUGGCGCCUAAUUCAUCUGCGUUGUGGAAUGCCCUCAAAGGCAUCGUGUGUGUCUACAAGCCGCCAGAGACCUCCGUUCGAAAACUACGUACGCAGUUGAUAUUAAAAAUAUGUGCGAGUUUGAAUGAAGCUGAUGAAAACCAGUUUUAUAGACCCUUCAAACCAUAUACAAGCAGCACUACAGAGUUAAUCCAAAAAAGUGUUGAUAGAAGUAUAGAUCUAAAAGAGCACCCACUAGUAUAUGGUCCAAAAUUUGACGAACUUGACCUCCCAGUCAGUUGGUCAAAUUACCUUGGAUGGAAUACAAGUGGAGUCCUUCUAUUUGGUUUGAGAAGUGGUACUCAAUUUGCAAAAUACAUCAGAGAAAAUAGAUCAACAAGAGCAUAUCGUAUCAAAGGAGUGUUUGGACAAGCCACUGAUAAUGGAUUCAAAAAUGGCAAAGUUAUAGAACGAUCAACUUGGAGACAUAUUAAACAUUUCCAGUUUGAUAGAAUAUUGUCAUCAAUGCAGGCUGCUCAUCAGAAGAAAAUGUUUGAGAUGUGUGGGGUUGACAUGCAAUCACAAUUAGCUUAUGAACUUGCAGCUCAAGGGCCUAUACGACCAGUCAACUCAAAAAUUCCUAUCGUAUAUGGCAUAAAAUGCGUCGAGUAUGAAGGUCCAGGAUUCACAUUAGAAAUCCAAUGCAUCAACGAAUAUGAGUCGUACCUAGUUGAACUUAUCCAAGAAAUAGGGAUAAGACUACAUUCUACCGCACAUUGUACAGGUAUAAAAUGUAUUAGGCAUAGCUACUUCACUCUGGAUCAUGCGCUGCUAUCCAAGCACUGGGAUAUUAAUAAUGUAUUAAAAAAUUUAAAUAUGUGUAAUAGUAUAUUAGAAGAGAAUGAGCAUGUAUUGAAACAGAAGAGCAUAGCUUUAAGAUAGUUCUAAAUGUGUUUAUAGUUAUAAAUAAAAUUCAAGUGAG